ACCCCCAACUUGGCCUUUUAUCAUAAUUCGACGAUCACUGUCAGCCGAUGGAUAUAGACAAGCGAGGGAGAGAGUGGGAAUCCUCGUAUUUGCUUGAAUCGCAGAUUUCCAUUUUCUUGAUUCUGAUAAGGAGCUAUAUAUAUAUAUAUAUGUGUGUGUGUGUGUGUGUCUGUAUACACAUACACUUACAUAAUAAAAGAUAAAAGAAGGAGAAGGGAGGGAGUGAUUAUCAUAUCAUCAUUCUAUCACAAUCCUAUUCCCUAAUAUUCCAUCAAGAAAUGGCAGCAACCAAGGCAAGGAGACCCCUUCAAUGUCUGUUAAACAGCAAGGCUCUGUGGGGUGCGAGGAGGAGCUUUGGCGCCAUCCCUGAACGAUCCAUCCCUUCCUCUGCUUCUUCUUCUUCUUCUUCUUCUUCUUCUUCUCCGUCUCAGCAGAUCAUCAGCUUGGAAUAUGAAUACAGUGCCCACAAUUACCACCCGAUUCCUAUUGUAUUUUCUCAAGCAAAGGGGUCAUCCGUAUGGGAUCCUGAGGGAAACAAGUAUCUGGAUUUUCUUGCAGCUUACUCUGCUGUUAACCAGGGACAUUGUCACCCGAAGAUAGUGAAAGCGUUGCAAGAGCAGUCAGAAAAGCUGACUCUCAGCUCCAGGGCAUUUUAUAAUGACAAGUUUCCAGUGCUUGCAGCACAAUUGAGAAGCAUCUUUGGGUAUGAUAUGGUGCUUCCAAUGAAUACUGGUGCUGAAGGUGUGGAAACGGCCCUGAAGCUAGCAAGGAAAUGGGGUUACGAGAAGAAAAAAAUCCCUAAAGAUGAGGCAAUCAUUGUCUCGUGCUGCAGUUGCUUCCAUGGCCGUACGUUGGCCAUGAUUUCCAUGAGCUGCGACAAUGAGGCUACUCGUGGUUUUGGACCCUUGUUGCCCGGUCACCUUAAAGUUGAUUUUGGUGACAUAGCCGCCCUAGAGGAUAUCUUUAAAGAAAAAGGAAAUCAAAUAGCGGGAUUCCUCUUUGAGCCCAUCCAAGGAGAGGCUGGGGUCAUAAUUCCUCCUGAUGGCUAUCUGAAAGCUGUUAGAGAUCUUUGCUCGAAGCAUAACAUCUUAAUGAUCGCCGAUGAAGUACAGAGUGGUCUAGCAAGGAGCGGAAAAAUGCUGGCCUGUGAUUGGGAAGAAGUUCGCCCUGAUGUAGUGAUUCUGGGCAAAGCACUGGGAGGUGGAGUAAUACCUGUCAGUGCAGUUCUUGCAGACAAACAUGUGAUGCUUUGUAUUCGACCAGGAGAGCAUGGAAGUACAUUUGGGGGAAAUCCUUUGGCUAGUGCUGUUGCUGUUGCCUCUCUUGAUGUGAUCAAGGACGAGCAGCUUGUGGAGAGAUCAGCUCAGAUGGGAGAGGAGUUGAGGAAACAGUUAGCCGAGCUUCAGAGGCAAUUUCCCGAUUAUAUAAAGGAAGUACGAGGCAGAGGCCUGUUCAAUGCGGUGGAGCUAUAUGGCGCUGCUCUGUCCCCAGUUUCUGCAUACGACAUCUGUCUGAAGUUGAAGGAGAGGGGAGUUCUCGCUAAGCCCACUCAUAAUACUAUUAUCAGACUCACCCCUCCUCUUUCAAUGAGUGCUGACGAGCUUCGAGAAGGUGCGAAGGCUUUGCACGAUGUUUUCGAGAUCGAUCUGCCAAGGAUGCUGAGGACAAAGCCAGAAAAUUCGACCCCAAAUUCCCCACAUGUUUGUGACCGCUGUGGCCGGAAAAUGUACGGUGCAUAGAGUCACGAUGUUCAUGUUGUUUCUCCCCCAAAAUUAUUUAUACCAUGCAGGAAAAGGCAGAGAAAAUCCACAAUGGCAACCUGCAUUGGGACUUUGCAGUAUGUAUGGAAGAAUUAGCCCUCUUUUCUUCACCGAGGGUUCUUCCCUUUCAUUUAGACUUUGAAGUUGUCUUAAAUAGGAAGAACGUCAGAUUUUAUCAUUAUCUGCAGACUAGUAACUUUCUUUGUUCAAUAGAUAUUUAAUAGGCUAUAUCAAAUGUGUUGUUUCAUGUGAUGAUAGUUGCACUUGACGUUCCAAGGUGUAUCGACUUACCACGUGGAUCGCAUUGGCAUUGUUGUAA